AUGAAAGAGGAGUUCGAAAUGUUUGAUAUGGGUUUGCUAAAGUAUUUUUUGGGUCUGGAAGUCAAGCAAACAAAGCAAGGAUUUUUUCUGUCACAAGAUAAAUAUGUAAAGAGUUUAUUGUUGAAGUUUGGUAUGGAAGUGUGCAAUGUAGAAGAUAUCCCUAUGAUUGUAAAUGAUAAGUUGCAGAUUGAUGACCAGGCAUACAAGGCUAAUGAGGUUGCUUAUAGAAGUCUAGUUGGAGGUUUGAUUUACCUUACUCACUCAAGACCUGAUCUAGCUUAUUCAGUGAGUAUUGUCUCGCGGUUCAUGCAAGUGCCUUCUAAAAUUCAUUGGGGUGCAGAGCGCAGAAUAUUAAGGUAUGUCGCAUGUACGACGGGAUUUGGUAUUUGGUACAACAAAGGUGCAAAGAUUGAGCUUGUGGGUUACACUGAUAGCGACUGGGCCAGUUGUAUUGAUGAUCGCAAGAGUAUAUCAGCUAGUGUAUUCUUCUUGGGUAGCGGUGCUGUCACAUGGAGCUCUAAAAAAUAA